CUCAUCCCAAUGGCCGACCGAAUACUUGCCCUAUUGCCCCAGUCUGAAGGAUGGCUUGCCUAUUGGCAGCUCGUGGUUGCAGCGACUGCUGUUUUCAAUUCACUCCAGAACUUUGUGACCCUCAAGUUGACACGUCGAAUUUACAAUAAGAACCCGCAGCCAGUUACUCCCCUCCAGGCCCGUACCUUUGCAGUUUGGACGCUCACCUCGGCCGUCGUACGAGCAUAUGCCGCUUACAACAUUACGAACAAAGUGAUAUAUGACAUGGCCUUCUUCACCUACCUGAUCGCUUUUGGACACUUCUCGUCCGAGCUGCUCAUUUUCAGGACUGCUUCAAUCAAUCCUGGUGUCAUCAGCCCAGUCAUCGUCUCAACUACCAGCUUGGCCUGGAUGUUCCUCCAGUACGACUUUUACGUCCGCUCAUGAAUUAGUGCUUGCCAGCUGGCUUGGUCGAUGCAGGCGAGCGCGCGUGUUGAUGACCCCGUUCUGAUCUAGUAUGUAUUUUGUUUGUACGAUACAUCCUAUCUACAUGUACGUUUUUUGGGGUACGCUCAGGGUUUAAUGCUAAGCGGGAUACGACGCGCAUUUAUUCAUA